CCGCCCUCGCGAGCGCCUGCGCGAAGUCGCGGGUCGGUUCGCCCGCGGAGUCCAGAAGGCUUGGAGCUGCGCGGUGCGCGGCGGGGCCUGCGCCAUGCCUGGCAUGGUGCUCUUCGGCCGGCGCUGGGCCAUCGCCAGUGACGAUUUGGUUUUCCCCGGAUUCUUCGAGCUGUUCCUGAGAGUGCUGUGGUGGAUUGGCAUUCUGACUUUGUAUGUCAUGCACAGAGGGAAGCUAGACUGUGCUGGUGGAGUCCUGCUCAGCAGUUACUUGAUUGUCCUCCUGGUCCUCCUGGCGGUUGUUAUAUGUACUGUGUCAGCCAUCGUGUGUGUCAGCAUGAAAGGGACCAUUUGUAACCCUGGACCCCGGAAGUCGAUGUCUAAGCUGCUGUACAUCCGCUUAGCGCUCUUUGUGCCAGAGAUGAUCUGGGCUUCUCUGGGGGCUGCCUGGGUAGCGGACGGUGUCCAGUGUGACAGGACCGUUGUGAAUGGCAUCGUGGCAACUGUCGUUGUCAGUUGGAUCAUCAUCGCCGCCACAGUGGUCACCAUUAUCAUUGUCUUUGACCCACUGGGGGGGAAAAUGGCCCCAUAUUCCUCGUCUGGUCCCAGCCACCUGGAUAGUAAUGAUUCAAGCCAGUUACUUAAUGGCCUCAAGACAGCAGCUACAAGCGUGUGGGAAACCAGAAUCAAGGUCUUGUGCUGUUGCAUUGGGAAAGACGACCAUACUCGAGUUGCUUUUUCGAGUACGGCAGAGCUUUUCUCAACCUACUUUUCAGACACAGAUCUUGUGCCCAGCGACAUUGCAGCAGGUCUUGCCCUUCUUCACCAGCAACAAGACAAUGUCACCAACAGCCAGGAGCCUGCGGAGGUGAUCAGCCACUCCCCUGGGCACUCCCAGGAAGCUGAUUUGGAUGCAGAAUUAGAAAAUUGUCAUCAUUAUAUGCAAUUUGCAGCAGCUGCCUAUGGGUGGCCUCUCUACAUUUAUAGAAACCCAUUUACAGGACUGUGCAAAAUUGGUGGUGACUGUUGCAGAAGCAGAACAACAGAAUAUGACUUGGUUGGAGGUGAUCAGCUCAACUGCCAUUUUGGCUCCAUCCUGCAGACGACAGGGCUACAGUACAGGGACUUCAUUCACAUAAGCUUUCACGACAAGGUAUACGAGCUGCCCUUCUUAGUGGCUCUGGACCACAGGAAGGAGUCCAUCGUGGUCGCUGUGAGAGGGACCAUGUCUCUCCAGGACAUCCUCACCGAUCUGUCUGCGGAGAGUGAGAGCCUCCACCUGGAGGCUGAGGUGCAGGACUGUGUGGCACACAAGGGGAUUUCUCAGGCCGCCAGAUACAUUUACCGACGACUCAUCAACGAUGGGAUUUUGAGCCAAGCGUUCAGCGUCGCUCCUGAAUACCGGCUGGUUGUCGUGGGGCACAGCCUGGGUGCCGGGGCUGCUGCCCUGUUGGCCAUCAUGCUCCGGAGCGCCUACCCGCAAGUCCGGGCGUAUGCCUUUUCCCCGCCCCGGGGGCUGUUAAGCAAAUCUCUUUACGAGUACUCCAAGGAUUUCAUUGUGUCACUUGUCCUGGGAAAGGAUGUGAUUCCCAGGUUAAGUGUGACCAACUUGGAAGAUCUGAAGAAAAGGAUCUUGCGAGUGAUUGCUCACUGUAAUAAGCCUAAGUACAAGAUCUUGCUACAAGGCUGCUGGUACGAACUGUUUGGAGGGAACCCUGAUAACUUUCCAACCGAACUGGAUGGGGGUGACCAGGGAGACCUGACACAGCCUCUUCUGGGGGAGCAGAGUCUGCUGACACACUGGUCCCCAGCAUACAGCUUCUCCAGCGACUCCCCACUGGACUCCCCACCCAAGUACCCGCCUCUAUACCCACCUGGCAGGAUCAUCCACCUGGAGGAAGAGGGCACCUCAGGGAGGUUUGGCUGCUGGGCUGCUGCUCGGUAUAGGGCAAGAUGGUCACAUGAAGCAGAAUUCAGCAAAAUACUCAUAGGCCCAAAGAUGCUGACAGACCACAUGCCAGACAUCCUGAUGAGAGCCUUGGACAGCAUGGUGGCCGACAGAGCAGCCUGUCUCUCCUGUCCAGGACGAGGGGUCUCUAAUACGGAUGUGCUCUAAUCAGGUGUACUGGAAUGGCCCCAGAAUAGUGGACUCAUGUUAGUUCUUAAACUGACUUAAUGCGCAAAUAACUUCCAUGCCAGCACACUGGAUGCACGCUGAUGGGAAUCCGAUGGGUACUCAAUUCAUUGAGCUUCAAAAUGACUGAACAGUCUGUUGGUACUUUUGAUCCUAAUAGCAGGAUCAGGAGUCAGGGAAGAGUGACAAGACUAAGGGACUCCCAAGAUAGCAACGUGGAGAAGCCAUGUCACUUAAGAACUGCCCCAGAAGGGCAGGAAUCCAACAGCAUUUGAAGACCCUAAGUGGACUGCAGCCUCCCUCCUCAGGGUCUUGUCCUACCACCACUUAGGUGACUCUCAACUUGGAAUGACAGGUCUAGUUUGUUUUUCCAUAUCUCAGGGUACUAAGGGCAGCCCUGAGCUCCCAUCUUCGAAUGAAGACAGGAGCCAGGUCAAGAGGUAAGCGAAGGCCACACUCCUGCUCCCUCAGCCUAUCACCCAGGUGCUGUUUACACCACCUGGGUGUUUAAACAGCAAGAGUGGAUUGUUUGAUUCUCAUGUAUUAUUCUGGCUCUGAGGUCAGCCACGGGGUUCAGAAGUUUAAAAAAUAAAGUACUUAUACACCAUGA